AUGGCCGCGCUCUUCUCGCAACUCUGCUUGGUGGACGCCAUCUACGGGGAGGUCUACGCGGGCCGCUUCUACCCGUCGGUCAUGGAAGGGGGCGCGUUGCGGGGCCUGCUGAGCGAUGGAUGUGCCGUCAGUCGCUCGGGGGUGAACAGAAGGUUCCAACCUAAUUGCCGGAUAUUUUGGGCGGCGGCGUCCAUGAACGAUGUGGCGGCUUCCCGAUCCAAGAAGCGGAGGCGGGACCUCAUCAGCAACCUCCCUGACGAGAUCCUCGGCACCAUCAUCUCUCUCUUGCCCACCAAAGACGCCGCGCGGACAACCGUUCUCUCCUCUCGGUGGCGCCACCUCUGGCACUCCGCCCCGCUUAACCUCGCGGUCGAGCACCUCGCCCGCUCAAUCUGGCUCACCGGCUCGUUCCUCCGCGACAUCCACUACAAACCUGUUUACCGCCGGGUGAGCGAGCGCAUCGACGUCACCCUCUCCAAGAUCCUCGCCGUGCACACCGGCCCCGCUCGCCGCCUCUCCUUGGGUGACCGCCACGGCAUCCGCCUCAACCGCGGCUUCUGCACUAAGUUCGACGGCUGGUUCUGCUCCACCGCCCUCGAUGGCCUCGAGGAGCUCGAUUUCUACUUGGGCGGCGAGCCGGGGUGGACGCUGCCGACCUCCGUGCUCCGCUUCGCGCCCACGCUGCGCGUCGCGAGACUGUGCGGCUGUGAUUUCCACGAGAUUAAAGCUACCCCCGCACUUCGUCUCCCUCGGCUGAAGGAGCUCAAGCUCUGUGGUCGUGCCACUAUCUCGGAUGCGACCCUCCACUGCCUACUCGCUGGCUGCACUGCGCUAGAGAUCCUUCAGCUUGAUAACAUCCAGGGGCUCAGCUCCGUCCGGAUCAUCUCGUCCACUCUACGUAGUAUCGGUGUCUCUGGUUCUGACUUCAACAUUGAAGAGUCCCAGAUUCAGGAGCUUGUCAUUGAGGAUGCACCUUGCCUCGAGAGAUUGAUCACACUUGGUCCAUGUGGUGGCCCGAGGAUAGUCAAAGUCCUUGCGACGCCGAACUUGAUGGUGUUGGGCUGCCUGUAUGGCGAAAAUUUCAAAACUGUGAAUGGAACAAUUGUGAAGGAAAUUGUCCCCACUAGCUUGUCUGCAUCGGGACGCACAGUGAAGGUCUUGAUUCUAGAAUCUAUCGGCCCCAAUCUAGAAGCAGUUGUUGGCUUCCUUAGAUGCUUUCCCUGCUUGGAGAAGCUAUACAUCCAGUCACGCCUUAGGAAGGAUAUGAAAAAUGUGUGCCAAUAUAGCACACUCGAUCCCAUCGAAUGCCUUGAACUUCAUCUCAGAGCAAUAGUAUUGAACACCUAUGAAGGCAAGAGAGCAGAUGUUGACUUUGCCAAGUUCUUUGUUCUGAAUGCAAAGGUGCUCAAGGUAAUGAAAUUUGGUGCCAGUGGUACCUGCAAUGAUAAAUGGGUGGCUAAUCAGCGCAGGCGGCUACAACUGGGUAACAGAGCUUCUAGAGAUGCGCGAUUUGAUUUUGAAAGAGAUUUUGAUAUCCCCAGCCUUUGCGAUGACCAUCACCUGUAUGGUAUGUGGACAGUUGAUCCCUUUGGUAGCUCUUAG